AUGGUCAAAUUUACCACUGCUAUUUUCCUCUAUUUUAUCAGUCUCGUCACCUGUCAAUAUCAACGAGAUUUCUUGGUUUUCACCGCCCAUCUCACUUGCAAACUUCCUGGAAUCUUUCGUUACCAGAUUCAAUAUAUGGAGGAUGAUACAAUCUUCCCACAUGAUCGAGUAACUCGUUUCGAUAGUGUUGGAAAUGGAAUUGGAGAAGUCAUUUCGAAUAAUUUUGGAGUUAUGUAUGGAGACGGGUUUCUGGAUCGCAACUAUGAAAUCUACGUUAUAAUCCUUCACAACUGUACGAAAAAUUCAAAGAUGAUGAGGGAGUAUCAAUUCUAUAUUGAUCCACCAUGUGAGACUACCGGAGGCUGCAAAAGACAAUUCAAUCUGGAUAUCACCGAUCUUGGAGAGGAAGUGACGCCAAGAGUUAUUCAUUAUCCCAGCUAUAGUGUUUAG